UCACCAGAAACUCCAGCCACCAGUCAGCCCGUCACAGCACAAAGCUGAUAUUUGGCAAAACUGCUUGUCAACUUAGUAGGACUGUACUAGAUGUGAUAUUCAUCAAUAAUAAUUAUUUCCUUCAAGUUUGUUAUUAGAUCCGUGGAAUGGCUGAAGAUUCAAAUAAUAUCUGCAUUCUAUUACUGGUUGGAUUACCUGGUUCAGGUAAAACCUUUUUUACUAACUUCUUGGUUAACAAUUCAGACGAAAACCUGAAUUAUAAUGUUCUUCCUUUCUCCUACGAUGAAUUGAUGCCUCAUUUAGAAUCAUCAAGUUGUGAGAAUUUUAAAGAUAAACGAAAAGAGAUCUUCAACACCGUUCAAAGCGUUAUAGAAAAAAUCAAGUUCCAAAAUAAAGAAAAGUCUAAAGUUGACAAUUCACCAGAAUAUUCAAAUAAGUGUUCUUUAAUUGUCAUUGAUGAUAAUAUGUAUUACAGAAGCAUGAGAUACGAGUAUUUUAAACUUGCAAAACAGUUGAGAGUUGGUUUUUGUCAAAUUUUCAUGGAAGCUACUUUAGAACAGUCUCUUCAAGUGAAUGCUGAAAGGGAAUUUUCUUCAAAAGUGCCAGAAAGUAUUAUACUGAGAAUGAAUGAUUUAAUAGAAAUACCUGACAGGAAAAACCAAUGGGAAAAACUUGCUGUUUCCUUUCCAUUCCAUUCCUCUUUGCAAAGUUCUGAAGUUUUGAAACAAAUAGAAUAUUUGAUAAAAGAAGCAUUGCUUACUAUUCCAAAUGAAAAUGAUAUUUCCGUUAUGUCUUCAAAUUUCAAUACCGAUAACCAAAAUUCCAAUAAUUCUCCAAUUCACUUAGUAGAUUUAUCGUUAAGAUCUCUCAUUAGAAGUAAUAUAGUAAGUUUCAGGAGUUCCAAUAAAAAUGAAGUCAGGUCUUAUGCUGAAGAGUUAAAUGCUAGGAAAUUGAACAUUCUCAAUUGUUUGAGGACAAAGAGUUUAAUUCUUCCGGAAUAUGUAGCAGUAGCGCUUGAAGAUCAGAAUGCACAAAACAAUGAGUUGAUACAGAAUUACUUCCAACAUCUCCUUACAAAUAAUAAUGUUUAAAAUGUAAUGAUUAUUAUUUUUUAAUUACUGUUGAAUAAAUUAUUCUGGUUGUAUACUCUUCAUUAUUAUUA